UCCCCUGGUUCUCCCUCCUCCUCUCUGUACUCCAUCUCCCCUGGUUCUCCCUCCUCCUUUCUGUACUCUGUGUCCUGGUUCUCCUCUUCUCUGUCUACUACUAUUACCGACAGCAGGACCAUGGAUACAGGAAGCCCCAGGAAGAUCCAGUUCACCAUGCCUCUCCUGGACUCACACCUGGACCCAGAGGCUGCUGAACAGAUCAGAAGACGGCGGCCCACACCUGCUACUCUGGUAGCAUCCAGUGACCAGUCUUCUCCAGAAAUUGAUGAAGACCGUCUUCCAAACCAGUUAUACAAGGCAGCCUUGAUGAACUCUCCCAGGCAGAGGAGGAAGGGAGCAAGAGCCACGCCCACUAUGAAAGAGUUACAGUUCAUGGUCGACCACCACCUGUAUCAACAGCAGCAGCAGCAGGGUGGAGGUGAUGAGUGUUCCUCAGAGAGCUGUCUGUCCGACAGACCCAGCCCGGACGCUCUGCCCAAUGGAGAGGAGGAGGAGGAGCUGGAGCUACCGGAGGACGAGGAGGCCUGGGGAACCGAGGACAAGGUCACUGCAGAGGCCCUCGAGAAGCCGCGCUGCCAGAUGGAGGCAGAGUUUUCACGGAACAGUCUAUCAGAAGCUACAGGGGGACAUGAGUGCCCCUUCUCCGAGGAGGAAGUGGGAUGCUCCGCCGUUCCCAUGGCAGCAAAAUCAUCGUCACAACUACAACAUGCACUAGCAGCUGCAGACACAACAGCUGCGUCCACAGCGAGUCCACUGGCAGAGAAGAACACAAAGACACCCAACCAGGCCAAACAGGACAAGUAGAACCGUAGAACCGUCUCCACAGCAACCUGGCAUGCAUCCUGAGUGGCACCCUAUUCCCUAGCUAUGAAGUGUACUCCUUUUGAUCAGAGUAGUGCACUAUAUAGGGAAUAGGGUGCCACUUGGAAUGCAAACCUGACGUUCAAUAAGUAACUUAGACAGACAGACAGAUGACAGACAGAUGACAGACAGAUGACAGACAGAUGACAGACAGAUGACAGACAAUGACUGACCAUCCUUUUGACAGACAGACUUACGGCUGAAUUCAAUCUGUAUCACAGAGGUAUCGCAGAAGAUCUGCAUUAAAAUGCAAAUUCAUUGGUGUAAAAUACUACUUAAGAGUUUUUGGGGUAUCUGUACUGUACUUUACUAUAUAUAUUUUUGACAACUUUUACUUUUACUCCACUACAUUCCUAAAGAAAAUCAUGUACUUUUUACUCCAUAUAUUUUCCCUGACACCUAGAAGUACUCGUUACGUUUUGAAUUGCUUAGCAGGAAAGGAAAAUGGUCCGAUUUACACACUUAUCAAGAAAACAUCCCUGGUCAUCUCUACUGCCUCUGAUCUGGUGGACUCACUAAACAGAGAACAUCCCUGGUCAUCACUACUGCCU